AUGCCAUAUCUUGGCCGUUCUCUGAACCCGCGACGGACAGCCAGCGGAUUUGUCUCUCUGAGAUCAGUUGCUUGUUUUCAUACCACUUCUGCCAGACGUGCGUUGAGCGAAGAUAAAAUUGAUAUUCCCGAACGAGCACAAGAGAUCGAUCGACACAAGUCAGACAGCGUCGAGAAAGCGAAGACUGGCAAAGGAGAAUGGAAACCGGAACUGGCGUCUCAAAGUGAACAAGCGAUCAGUGGCGAUAAGAGUGACAUGACGAUGGAACAGAUGCAAAAGAUGGGCGAACAGAAAUCAAAAGGUGCUAAAAACUGA